AUGAAUGAAGAGGAAAUUGUUAUCAACUCGGAGGACUUUCCAUUUCAAGAAACCAUACGAGAAACGGAUUUCAAACAGGAUAUGAGCGAAGAUCAAAUAGAUCAAUUCCUAUACAAGAAUCAUCGCUUCACCUCACUCGAUAUCCUCAUCAAAGAUUUGCAAGAAUUAUCUCAGCAGUUGAACCAAAAUUUGCUAAGUCUUGUAAAUCAGGACUAUAAUGACUUCAUCAAGUUGGGCAAAUCAAUAAAUGGCGGUGAUGAACUAAUAUCUUCAAUCUCAGAGGAUUUAAAAAACUUCAAGAUUGACUUGGAAGAGUAUAGAAACCAGUUUCAAACUAUGGAUGAUGAUGUUUCUCAAGUUUUGGAAAAAAGACAAUUACUCGUUGAUUUAAAGACUAAUUUGAAACUAAAUUUGUUGAUUCAUGAACAAAUGGAUUUGUUUGACAUUUGCGUAAAAGAAACAAACACCAGCGUCGAGCAGUUACGGAGGAUUACCAGCGUUUACUUAUCGAUUAUGAAUACAAAUAAGUAUCUAGAAAAUGAUGGUUUUAUAACCGUUGCUGAAAGAAGCCAUUUUCAAGAUCAAUAUGUCCAUAGCAAAAUAUCCUCGAUUUUCCUUGAGUUUAAAAGCUUUUUGCAACAAAUGGCAGAGAAUGGUAAGCGAGAUCAAAAUAACGAUUUAGUAUUGGAAAUAGCAAAAGUGCAAACAGUGCUAUCUGUGAAGUAA